AUGAGGCAAGCCAGGCAGAGCCCCGAGCCAGAAGCCGAUGGUGCCAAGGAGGAAGAGGAGGAGCACAAUGACGAUGACAUUUUUGAAGGUAAGUUCGCCCGCGAUGAAAAGCCACGCGAGGAUGCUUUGGCAGGGGUCGGCACGAAUAUCAAAGCCCUCCUGAAUGAAAAGUUCAACAAAGACCUCGUGCUGACGCUCCCGAAAGACCUGUCCGAGAGUGAUAUGAUGAUGUGGGUCCGCAUGUUGUCCAAGGAGUGCCUCUUCACUCUGGAGGAUGUGCAGGCAGCCGUGCAAAUGCCGGGCAAGCUCACGCAGAAUCUGAACUUGGGCAAGAGCUAUUACAACAAGAUGUCUGUGAAAGCCAAAUCGAUGCUGGAUUCUUGGAGCCAGGCCGUUGGGACGAGCAACGGCUCAAUGGCCGCGAUACACUGGCUACGGGAGAGGCUCAAGCAGCUCUCCGAGACUGAAGAUACUUCUGUGCGGGCGGAAUUGCUGUCGAAACUGCAGCAAAAGAUUACCAUUGUGGAUGUGCAUCUUCAAGAUGGAAAACCUAUCGGCGACCUCGAUGUCGACAAAGAUUCGUGGGAGGACGCCCUGUCGAAGCACCGAGCGCCAGCUGCAGAGCAGCUGGUGGCAUUUCGGCCGAGACUCUUUGAUCUGAUCCAGCGAGGACAGAGCAGGGAACAGAUGGUGCUGGAUGAUGCAAGCUCGGAGACGCCGAGCCCCGGGUGCGAUUACACCCCCACGGAGAUUGAGUACCUUAGAUUGGAGCAGCCCCAGCGAGGGGUCCUCCAAGUGCACAAGGUUUCAGCGGAAAACCAUUUGCAGGGCUACAGAUAUCUCUUCAGGGCAGAGGAGCUGUGGGCCAUGACCAAGCGAUCUCAACAUUUCACGAACUGGUGCACAAAAGUGCAAGACGGGCUCGGCCUCGACAUUGCCGAGGCUUGGCGAGUGGAUCCCAAUGUUCACUUAAUCAGGAAAGCCUCCUACAAGGGCUGUCUGAAGAUAUCCCGGGGUUGUGUGAGCCUGGAAACCUGGCGAAACUUCCUGGACUUCGCCGGCUUGCAACAGUGGCAAAGUUGCAAACUCCUGGCGAAGGAGGAGCAACGUGUUGAUACAGGCAUCCCUCUGGCAACUGCCACCUGGUUUAUUCUUCGGGUACAUCAUCAGGAGGUGAUUCAGGCCCUCGGCAACAUGGGGAUCAAGUCUGUGGCAAUACUCUGUGAUGCCUCGCCAAAAGCUAAGAUGGUUUGGCUUCCAGUCCUGGCUAUCCCCGGAUUGGUCUCGGUCGGGACUUUGCAGCGGCUCUCCACCCUCCUUCCUUCAAAUGCCUCGCCCGAAGAAAAGCUACAAGUGGCUGCAAUGGUUGCCGACUCCCGAAGCAGCACCCUCCUUUCUGAUUCCAAGAAAACUGAUCUGAAAAAGAAGUUGCCGAAGGCUUUGAACAACAUCCGAUCGGAACGGUUGAGCAGCCGGCAAGAACUCAAAGCCCUCGGGAACGUGCUCUCACACGUCAACAUCAGUUUGGACGACCUCUUCCCGACGCAGCCGCUGCUCCCAGCGAAAGAGACUGAAACCCGCGAGCUUUACAAGCUGAAAUCCGCCGCUAUGCCCUUUCUGUUCGACCGCGAGACCGGGGCGAGCCGAUGGGACGUCCCCAUACACACGGCCCACCUGCGAUUAGUGGUAUGCCCCGACCAAGGAGGACCGAUGUUUUGCUGCUAUCAGUAUCUGGCUCACCUCGGAGCCGCUGUCUCUUUGGUGAGAGACGAGCUGAAUGACUACUUUAUGUGGCUGGCUCUUCAGGGCCAGGAAGCCACGCCCGACGAUGUGCUCAUGGAAAUGUUCCAGCGGGACAUACUCAAAGAGAACUGUAUGGAGGAGACACCGGACCGGCAGCUGAACUUCACGAGGGUGAUGGAUAUCCUGGGCAAAACAUGCAAAUGGUGCUCCUGGGCCCACACCUCGAAAAGAUUUCAGAUGAGUGCGACUUUGCUCCUUAUCCUGUGGUCGGCUAUGGAGGUCGGCAAGAAUCCUUUCAAGAUCCUGGAGACUGAAGCCGCCGCCCCGCAGAACCAAAAGUCCUACGACAAAGUCGUCGAUCUUUGUGUCAAGGCACUCACGAAUGAGGAGAGCUUCGGGAUCUUCCGUGUGGCCCGCAAUGUGCUGGAGCCCUUCCGCGAGCUGUGUUUGGAACUUGUCCUGCGACUGAAGUUUCGAAGAUCUGCCACCUACGAAAGUAUUCUGAAAGAGGGUCUAGGGCUCUACCUUGCGACCGUGCACGAGCUGAUGCAGUACAGCUUGUAUUUGCGAAGCAGCCCGCACUGUGCAGCGGCUCUCGUAUCUACGAAAGAAGCAGACGAUGGCGAAACAAAGCAAAGCAUUCUGAACAAGAUGAAAGCAGAAUGGAAGGUUGUGCUUGCGAUGGAAUCAAAGCAGGCAUCGGCCGACGUUUUGGCAACGAGCUGCUACCACACGAGGUAUCAACAUUACCGGGAAACCAUGGGUUGCUUGGAAAUGCACGACUACAAGAUGACAACCGAAAGCAAGGAAAUUAUAUCUGCCUGGAACCCGGCUUUCUGCCAAAGCGCCUCCCUCGAGAGCAUGUUCGGAGAGAUGACUCAUGCAGUCAAGCAAGCUGGAAGAGCUGAUUGUGGAUCCCUCCCCAAUUUGCACGCUGUCUCAGUUCGCAGCUUGUACCGACGAGUAUGCAAGAAGGAGGGCAGCCCGAAUGCUUUGGAACUUUCGAAGGACGACUGGGUUGGUCCUCAAGCUGCAGGGAUCAAGCCAAAGGUGUUCUCGCCAACUUCGGCCCCGACUUGCUUCUUGCCAGCAUCAAUCAAACAUGUGUUUGGCGAUUGUGUUAUUGCGACAUCGAGACACAUUGUGUUUCAGUUCUCAGGCAAGAAUGUGCAGGCAGACGGAAUUCUGAAGAACUUCCCCAGCACCUCUGCCUUUUGCCACAAUCAGCUUAGCCUGAACACGAUGCAGGGGUUCAUGAAAGCCCAGGAGCCGCACGGAUGUUUCGCGGCGGGAAUGUUGUUCAAGCUCCAGAACACGUUCUACGUUUGCACCGGCAAGACGCCGGCAGUCCUGUAUGCUGUGCGAUUGAAGGAGCUCCCGUACAAGUUUGCCGGCCCUUUGCCGGAGCAGCAAAGCGAUGAGACGAGGGUUCCGUGCAGAAACAAGGAUGAUUGGUGGGACCCGCUGUUGCAAGGGCUGAACACGCCAGCCCUUACCCUCGACGUCGGCAGGGACUUGAUCCAGCAGCUCCGCUUUGAUUAUGAUGACGUUGUCUUCUACGGCUACACGUUGCAUGUGUGCGAGCGGGGCUUGGAGGACAAGUGCGGGUCAAGCCUCCUUUUUCGGAGGGGGUUCCAGGAGUUCAGCUUGCUGUGCUACCUCGUGCAAAGCCAAGAGAUCCUGCAGACCUCAACAGCAUCGCUGACUGAGCUUUUGCAGAAGAGCGAUGUGCAGAUGCCGAAGUCGACGACCAAGAAUCAGAAAAUCAGACGAUUGCUGUCGCUGGAAGCGGUCAAGCAGGCAUGUGGCGAGCAAAAGAUUCAGAGGCUUCUCGCGAAGCUGGACGAACAAGAUGAGAAGAGAAAGAAGAAAAAGGAGGAGGAGCCGCAACUGCCUGAGGGCGAGAUCGAGUGGGAGGAGCUCAACGAUGAUCCGGCUACCGCUGCCUGCAAAGAGCUUUUGUCCAGACUUGACGAAGAGGAGGAGCAGGAGGAUGCUGGUGAAAAGAGCGGGGAUGCCGAGCCGAAGCAGGGCAGCCCAGAGGAUGCCAAUCGAGCCUCGCGAGCCUUUCUUUCUUCAUCGACAGCUAGCCUGCCAGACGAGCUUCUGGCGGAAAUGCCGAUUCCCUGCGGGUGCGCCAUGCACCAAACUGUUCAUGUCGAUGCGACCCUUCCCCACUUCCAGGGCAGACUUUUGCACAAUGCAUGCUUCGAAGGAAAGUGA